GUUGCAGUCGGGACACCCUCAACUUUUUUGAAACUCUCCGCAAACUGUCCGACGUACUGCCAUGCACGGAUUGUAACGCACUCUGGAUUGUUGCUCGGUGUCCUCCCCGCUCCCGAGUCAUGGCUCCGUUUGGCAAAAACUUCCUGAAAGCUCGACUGAAAAACAGGACAAAAGACGCUGAGCCUGUGGUAGGAAAGGAGAUUCAGGUCACUGUCUGCAACGAGGAGAAGGCUGUCUGUGGCGUAACAAAGCACACAACAUGUGCAGAUAUGAUUCAGGCAUUACUUGAGGAUCACAAGUUAAUCCCAGAGAGCAAGCGACUCCUGCACGGGGAGGCCAAAGACUUCUGUCUUGUCGAGAGGUGGAAGGGUUUUGAGAGAGCUUUGCCUCCUCUCACCAGAAUCCUGAGGCUCUGGUAUGCUUGGGGUGACCAACGACCCUUCAUACAGUUUAUUCUUGUCAAAACCAGUGAUUUUGUGCCUCAACCUGCCAAGAAGGUUGUAAAGUCCAAGGGAGCAAAGCCAAAGCGAUGGGAGCACGGUUCUCAGUACCCCCAGUCUCUCCCUCCAGAAAUGCAAAAGCGCAUCGUGAAGAAAGCUUUCCGGAAGCUAGAGAAGCUUCACAAGGAGAUCAAGAGCUCCCCGGGCGCUGAGGAGAUUGACCGGAUGGUGAAGCUCAUUCUCAACCAGGAUCACACCAUCCGGGAGCAGAUCCAGCGAAUGAGGGAGUUGGAUUUGGAGAUUGAGCAGUUUGAGCUGCAGGUGCAGAGAGGAGCAGAGUCUGAGAGUUCACUGACUCAGGCUCAUGCUCAGUGUUUAGAGGAGCACAGCGAGGAGCAGCUGCAUGAGUUUCUGUACACCAGCGCUGGAGUCGAACAGCUGGAGCUGCAGGUUCAGAGGCACCAGGAGCUCAUCCUCCAACUGUCCCGAGAUAUCGAUGCAGAGCUGAGGAGGGCUAGUUCCCCUCUCAACCAAGAUGAGGACAGUGAACAGGAAGGAGCAGCGGCUGCUUCCUGGACUCCCUCUGAGGCAGACGACCCAAUCUACUCUGCUGAACUUGAGAGGCUGCAAGAUGAACUGAAACUCAGCCUCGUCACUGGCAUGUCCCUUCAUAACCAAGCUGCAGAAGUAGACAAGCAGCUGAAGUGCUUUGACACUACACUGGUGUCCAAGGACCAGGAGUGCUGGCAGCUGGCUGCACAGCUGAGUUCACUGCAAAUCGGGGACAGCACAGAGGAGAAGUCUGGUCCUCCUGUCCCUCUGGAAAGCGAGACCCAAUGCAGCGUCUUGCAGACAGUGAAACUCAAACACAGUCUAGAUGUCACAGACACAGACUCAGACACUGGGAUUAGCUCCACACACAGUCAAGACUCCCUGUCACCGUGUCUUGACUUCCCUCCGCCGCUGGACACGGACGUUUAAACAACCCAGCUGACCCUGCACUUAAAUGUUCUGUAUACACUAGCUCCAGUUUGUGUUAUCAUUACAUUUGAGUCAUUGAAAUAAGCAUCUGUUUAUUUGAAAGAUAAAUCCAGGAAAUGUUUUAUAUACCCAAAAGAUCAUUUAAAUUGGUGCUAGAACAAUUUGCAAACUUUCUUUUUUGUAUGGUGUGAAUCUCUUUGGGUUUGUGGCUGCUGGUCAACAAAACAACCAAUUAGAGAACCAGUUAGAGUCACCUCAAGCAGUGACAAACUGUAAUGGGUAUAUUUCUAACAUAUAAGGGAAAAACUGAAUAAUCAUUAAAAUAAGCAAAUAUUCUACAAAAAAAAACACUGCUGACUUGCCAUUUAUUAAAGUUGCAUUGAAUUAAUUACCUUAACGAAAACAGAGGUGGUAGCUGGAAGUGAAAAUACCUCAGCUCGAUUUAAAUGACGUAAACCAAAAUGAACAUUCUGUUAUCAGGUAUAUUUAUCCACACAGGUUUGUAUUCUAAAAAUAUCUUCAAGAAACAGCUGUAUCUGCUGUUAAACAACAUUAUUAGGUUUGUGAAAGGCAAACAGAUGCUUAGGACUGAACCUCAAAUGGAAUGACAACACAUUCAAGGCACAAACUGGACCUAUGUGCUUUCUAUUAUUGAUUACGGCCACGAGAUCGGCAGCUUUUAAGUGGAUAUUUUCCUCCUAACAAAAUAGCAAAGACUAUUUCCUGGUGAAAAACACAGCUAAAAGAAAAGGCCGGUCAUUUUCCAUAUU